AGGGCAGUGCAUCACCAACUCGACUUUCUCAUCUUGACGAUACAAGCCAGGCGGCGGAAGCAUAGUACCGGAAUCACGUCCCCUACAGAUUCUUGCCCUGCCAUGGAGACCUUCUGUGUCACGGCCCAGCACUCUGGCGCAAUCAAGCACAUUCACGCCAUCAGCCUCGACGCUUCGACCGCCAAUGUUGCCCGGGAAAUUCGACUGGCCGUGACUGUUCUCAUCGUUGGUUGGGUGGCCGUCACUGGCAUCAGAACGUGGUCCGCAAGCCGCAGGUCGUGAGGACCUGCUUAUAGCUCUAUAAGCAAAGUCGCUGCCGACCUGCUCUUUGACACUGAAACGACGUCCACAACACACAACAUGUUCUCGGCUGGAAAUUGGUGGGCGCAACAAGAAGCGAGCUGCGCAUCGCCCUGCGAGACUUGUGCUCGCGGCUUAUAGAAGGACAGGUGCACGUUGCUCGUCCAUGCAGGAUGCUGCAAGUGGAUGGGUUUCCAGGAUAUGAUGAGUCCAAAUUUCUACCAGACAAUGAGACUUUUCAAUCACUCC